AUGUCCAACUACCAGGAAAUUGUUAAUCUAAACAUUGGUGGUACAAGAUUUGCGACAUCAUGGCACACAUUAACAUGGGUACCAGACACUUUUUUCACGGCUUUACUGAGUGGAAGAAUACCUACAGUGCGGGAUGAUACAGGAGCCAUAUUCAUUGAUAGAGAUCCGAAUCUCUUUGGUCUUAUUUUAAACUUUCUCCGAACUAGAGACAUAGACUUAAAUAAUGUUAACAUAAGAGCAUUGAGGCAUGAAUGUGAUUACUUUGGUAUAACACCAUUAAGUAGACGGCUGGCUCUCUGUGAUGAAAUGAAUCAUUCCUCAUGUGGAGAUGUCUUAUUCUAUGGAUAUCUACCUCCCCCAUUGAAUCCUGCAGUGCCUAAUGGUAGUAGUGGAAAGAACAGCAAUAGUGGAUCUAGGAAGAACCUCACGGCAUCUAAUUCGGAUAUAGCAGCUAGUAGAACACAUUCAAGAAAUUCCUCACUGGACCUAAGGACUGUUGGAAGAGUGCCUUCGCAAGAUCAAUUGAGUCGGUGCGGUAGAGGUCAUUCUAGAGCAGCAUCUCUUGGCAAUGCAGAGAGUCAAAAAGGGUUGCGAACUGAAAACACCUGGUCCGAGAAUAUGAAAGUACAGAUAGUAAAAGCACACCAUAAUUGGAUAGCUGUUGCUUAUUCACACUUUGUAACAGGAUAUCGAUUAACCGAUUCGUGUGGUUGGUAUGUUGUUUUUCAAUCUCCAGUCCAAGAAACGGCCAUUGAACGUAUAGCGCUUAACGCUAAAACAGGUGGGGCUACGUCAAGUGGUAAUAGUUCAGCUGGAUCUGAUGUAAUGCUUGGUAUAGCAAGUGGACUAUUUGUGAGACUGUGGGCUUUUUCAACACAUAGUGAACCAGUUAGGCGUACGCUUAUUGGUACAUUCAACCUGGGCGUGCGCGUGGAGCACCUUCUAUUUGUGGGACCACAAUUAGUUGCUCUAAGUGGAGCUGGCAGUCGGAGUAAGGCCGGUGUUUGGCACACGAGCACUCAACACUGGCAGACACAGGAUGUCGCACAUUUGACCACAUAUGACACCGCGGGUUCAUUCCUACUGCUAGGCACUGCUACUGGUGCUAUCAAUUAUAUAGAUAUGCAAAAAUUCCCGCUUCGUAUGAAAGACAACGAUUUACUGGUGACUCAGCUUUAUAAGGACCCCAAUCAAGAACCAAUCACUGCGAUAUCAGUAUACCUUACUCCUAAAACAAGCCUAUGCGGCAACUGGCUUGAAAUAGCAUAUGGAACGCGUUAUGGGUCUGUCCGCGUUAUCGUACAGCACCCAGAGACUGUUGGCCACGGGCCGCAGCUUUUCCAGACCUUCACAGUGCAUCAGAGUCCAGUCACCAAGGUCUCGCUAUCUGAGAACUACUUAAUAUCAGUAUGCAGUGAAUACAACCAUGUACGAUCGUGGCGCGUCACUCGCUUCCGCGGUAUGAUUUCAACUCAGCCCGGAACAACACCCAAAGCCGCCUUCAAAGUUCUAGCUUUGGAAGCGCCUACUGCGCAACCACACAAUGAUUCUGGUCCCUAUGGAGAGCAGGAUGAAGAACAAAUAUUCAUACAAAAGGUAGUUCCUGACACAGAUACUCUGUAUGUUCGUCUAGCUUCUAACGGAAAAAGGGUAUGCACGAUACGAUCAGUAGAUGGAUCACCAGUAUCGUGCUUUGUGGUAGCCGAGUGUGAAGGAGCCUUACGACCUCGCAGAUUGCUUUUAUGUGGACAUAGAUCUGGUGCCGCUCAGAUGUGGGACCUAACCGCACCCAUAGACAAAGCUGCAAAACCCUCUCAGACGGUCGCUGGAAGUGGUGAGGGCGAAGAGUCACCUGUAGCAGAUGGAGGCCCAUCACCUGAUGAACUAGUGCGACUGCUUUCCGCGUGUGACCUAGAUGCAUCCCCUGCACCACCCACCCCAGCUCUUCUUCCACCAUCCCCUAAUCGACCGAUACAGGCGCCCUGA